CAUGCGCAAAGGAUCUAUCUUCGAAAAAAAUGGCGGGAGCAAAAUAACGCGCGGACCAAAUCACUAUAAUGUCAAAAUUGUGGCAGCACCCCUAUGUUAACGUCUUCAAGCACUAUGACAUUGGAGGAUGGAAAAGGUGUUCAAAGGAAGGAGAUGUAUCAACCAUUAUGGACAAACAGACCAAGGGUACUGUAUACAGGAUUAUUGGCUCCAUCCCAGCUGGUAACUACAUUCAGUUUCCAUGCACCAGCUCCCAGACACUAGGGCUGACAGGUCGAUACAUCUACUUCAUGUUCAAACCCAUUCCCACAAAGUACUUUGUGGUUCACUUGGAUGUUGCGACGGAGGAUGGUUUGGCUGUAAGAGUGUCUUUCUCCAACCUCUUCAAGGAGUUCAAGUCAACAUCCACAUGGCUCCAGUUUCCAUUUGUCUCUAAUCCAUCGCCUAACUCUGUUGAGGCAGUUACCUCCUCUAAGGCUUCAGUAUCAACUCUUGUUGGUACAGCACCCUCGUCAACUCGCUGGACCAUCCUUAUGCUUGAUCUCCAGUACAUCCUCUCCAUCUACCUCAACCGCACCUACUCCUACCUCAAGACCAUACGUCUGUGCGCCAACAUGUUUGUCAAGGGUGUGUACACAAGCGACAUGGUGUACCAGCCCGGGAUCAGUCCAUCUGAAGCCCGGAAGCUUGGACUAGCGGGGGUGACUCCUAUGCCAAAAGAGAUGGCGUUGCAUGUUCCUAAGGGUGGUGACUGGAGUGAAUUGUACGAUCACAUCAAGUUCCCCCCUGAUGGUCAGCUAACUAGAUUAGGUGUGAUGACUAGUCUCAGGGGGAGGCAAGAUGUGGCUGGAGCUGAGAAGGGUGGAGUGGGUGAUAUCCCCUCAAGUGCACCACAAGAUGUUAAUGCAAAAAGCAAGCGAGCAGUGGCUUCUAGAGUUGCUCUAGUUGAAAGAUUGAGUCCCCAGAAGCAACUCAGCACUAGGAGGCGUCGUGUUAUCCCCACCUCACUUCCAGCUGUAGCAGUUGUCAAUCAGAAGUCUGAUGACCAGUCAGAUGUACAUGUAUAUCCCCCAACAAAACAAAGAUUUCAAGCUGCAAAGGAAAAUAUACCUAGGUGCCAGACACAGGAAGUGCACCCUACAAAUGCUCCAGUAAAGAUAGCAAGGCCUGCCAACUUUAAGAGCUUGAAACCUGAUCCUAUUCUGUCUCUGAAGAGAAUAAUUGGUUUUGGUGGUGGAACCUUUAAAGAGGCCCUGUGGACAAAAAGUGGCAGCCAUAUUGUUUACCCAUGUCAUGCCAUCAUAAUUACUAUGGACGUGUCCACAGCGCAACAGGAAUUUUUUCUUGGCCACACCGAUAAGGUGUCAGCCCUUGCGUUUGAUGGGAGCACCAGUUUGCUGGCCUCCGCCCAGGCCGGUACUCCGUCUGUGGUCCGACUGUGGAAGUACCAUACUAGGAAAUGUGUGGCAAUGUUCCGAGCACAGGUCCUGAAUAUCUUCUGUCUCAGUUUGUCAUACAGCGGGAACAUCCUAUGUGCUGUUGGCAGGGAUACCCAUGCUAAGCAGCUUGUAGUUGUAUGGGAUGCAUCCGUUGCUGUUAGGGGAGGGGAGGUCAGCAUUUUAGCCAAAGCUCACACUGAUGUGGACAUCAAGAGAAUGAAAAUAGCUGAGUUUGAUGAUAGCAGGAUGGUAUCGUGUGGUGUGGACAACAUCCGGUUUUGGCGCCUGCGCAAUGGGUCUGCCCGGUCUUGUCCAGUAGAGCUCAGGCAGUAUGGGCCGGCCGACUUCACAGAUGUCGCUUUUGGUGUGGCAGAUGCAAGAGACCCUGCAGAGAGAAAAAUCUACUGCAGCACGACCACUGGAAGCAUCUUCCAAGUGGACUACCAAAAGAUCGUGCUGGACCGCGUCUACAAGCUCCUCCCCAUUGGGGGUAUCCAUAGCAACACGUCCAUGUCAAUCAAUGCCCUUGUUGUCAACGAGGCUUUUUGUGUGACAGGGUCUGACGAUGGAUACCUUAGGCUGUGGCCACUUGAUUUUAGAAGUGUGUUUCUUGAAGCUGAGCAUGAAGGUCCGGUUUCUACUGUGGAUGUCACCCUCGAUGGCCUGUAUAUCUUGGCCGGUACCACAACGGGUAACCUAGGGGUCCUGAAUGCGUCGACUCGUUCAUACACCACCCUCAUGAGGUCCCACACAAGUACCAUCACCUCCAUGGACCUGGACCCCAUGCGGAGGCACAUGGGCACGGUAUCCGCAGAUGGGACUAUCAGAAUAUGGGACCUUGACACCCAAGCUCAGCUCUAUGACUUCCGCGCCCCGGGAGAGGAGCCCUGCAACAUUGCCUUCCAUCCCACCAACAACAGCUUUGCAUGCGGCUUCACGGAUGGCACUGUCCGAGUUUUUGACAUAGAGACUACCAACCUACUGGCUGAGCACAAACAACACAGGGGGGUAGUGACGGGACUUGUGUUCGCACCGAAUGGAGGCUACCUGUACAGUGCUGGUGCUUUAGGUGCCCUGGCCAUGUACAAUGCAAGCACCGACGACUACCACCUAGUACGCAUGCUCCUGAACAUGACUGCAAGGGAUGAGGAACUAGGCCCCAGUGCCCUAGCGGUCAGUUAUGAGGGCAAGAGACUGGUGUUUGUGGGUCCGUCUGAGUUUACUGUGACAGUGGUGGACGCCAGAUCACUUGACGAAAUUCUCAGAGUUGAUAUCACAACCAUAGCCACAGAUGACCGGCCCGUUGUAGACACAGCUCGACUGGUGACAUUUGCCCCACCUGAGCUCAAACAGCUGCUUGUGGUCACCUCGUCAAACAGACUCCUUAAGAUGGACUCAUCAACCGGGUUAUUGCUUAGCGAGGUGUCCAACGUUCACCGUAACUACACGUCGUGUGUUAUGGCAACCAUUGAUGGACGACACCUCGUUACUGCGGGAGAUAAGAUGAUCAAAGUAUGGGACUAUCACAUGCGGCUUGACGUUAACUUCCAGGUGUUUAUUGGUCAUGCAGAUCGGAUUCGCCAAAUCAGCUUCACUCCGGACAACUUCAGUCUUGUCAGCGCAGGCGAGGCCAUACUAAUAUGGGACUUUUUGGGAAGCCGGAAAAAGCUUAACCGACCAAGUGGACGUGAUCCGGAAGAAACGCUAUUGCGACCUUUACCAGAUCCCAGCGUCAAAGUAACACCCGAAAAACCCUAUAGCCCGCGUCUGGGGCCCAGCUCUUCAAGACCCCGCCGCGCCGUACCACAGCCAACCCAGUACGACCCAAUUGACUUAACGAUGAGCCCGAUUAACCACCCUCCCACGAACAGCCUUGUGGAAGACGAGGAUGGGAAUGUGAUUGGCACAGCAGGAAGAGAAGAGUCGGUACUGGCACACCGGCAGGCGCAUGUGACCAACCACGUGCAACACCAGUACGAUCAUGUGGGGUCACCACAGAGAUCCAGUCAUGUUCCGCGCGAGAAUCACAUGCAUCUGUCGUCUCCACACGUUAUAUCGCCGUCUCGACACGCGCGAAGUCUAGACCUUAGUACUGCACCUACCCAAUGGCAGGUUCAUGAAUAUAAAAGUCCCUCCCCGCAGAAAUUCCACACUGUCUCCAAAAUCGUCCCAAACGCAAGCGGGGCUGCUCAGCACCCCAGUGGCGUCAUCAGAGACGAAAACACUUGUCACCAACCCCCUAUGGUCACAAGGCACUACCAACGCAGGACGCGAGACUCUUGCUUAGCGACCAGGCGAUACACAGCGCCCCCAAGUCAGGCUGGGAUGCAGUUGAAGUCUGUUCUCGGGUACAACGGAGCGGGCAGAAACAACAUGGUCUGGAAAUACGACACCGGUCUGUUCGCGUACACAAGCGGCUCUAUUGUCGUUAUCGAGGACCUGCACUCGGGUGGUCAAAAGCAUCUUAUUGGUCACGUUGAGGAAGUCUCAACCAUUACGUGUCAGAAUGACGGCCUUGUACUGGCGUCUGCUUCCGGCUCGUCGGAGACGUCAGAGAGCAGUCAGAUCUAUAUUUGGGACAUCCAGGAAGAGACAUGUACUAAGGUUCUGUCAUACCAUCCGCAUGAGGUCGUGUGUCUGGCAUACUCGCGAGACGACCGGAUGUUGAUAUCUGUCGGAGACUUCCGGGACUGUUCAGUAGUUGUGUGGAACACCCAAACAUAUGACGUCAUCACUUCUUCGUAUGCACGACUUCCGGUGCAUGACAUACUGUGGGACCCCUACACUGUCAACGAGUUUGCUACUGUGGGAGAGGGGGGAUCAGUCAUGUUUUGGUUGGUCGAUGAGACGAUACCCAAUAUUAGCCUAAAGGUGCAUGAACCAGCUGUACCAUCUGAGCUCACCACAUCAAUCAAGCCAGACAAACCGACUGUCCAUUUCACCUGCCUUUCUUAUGCUGGCGACAGUGUUAUGUACGCAGGGAAUAGCGAAGGCGUGCUUUCAGCAUGGGACACUCGGCAGAACAGUUGUUUUCUCCACUGGCAGGCCGACAAGACAGAAAUAGUUGUGUUAAUCAGCCACCGGGGACAACUUAUCGCCGGGAGCAGCGGCGGAAACCUGAGGUUAUGGUCUGUAGUUGGCGUGGCCGAGAUGAGGUUGCCUGGAGAAAACAACAGGUUAUCGAGUGACAGUCUAACAAUGGAGGAUGAGAUGGUUCUUGAUGGGGCCAUUAUUUCCACCAGCUUUGAUGACGUCCUUGAAACUGGUAUUGUUGGAACCGCAUCGGGUACCCUGUGGUACAUCAACUGGAGCGAGAGGACAAGUAUUCGACUGGUCAGCGGUCAUGCUGAACAGAUCACAAAUAUUGUGUUCAGCGGUUCAGAUGACAAGUAUUUUGCAACAUGCGCCAAAGAUGGCGUGCUUCAUCUGUGGACCACGGAUAACUUAGAGCAUAUGCAGUUCCAGGUCGUAGGACAGAGCUGCAAUUGCGUCGCCUUCUGCCCCAUUCCUCCAGCCACACCCACGAAGUCCCUCACCAACGACGGCACUACUGUAGCAACAGUCCAUCCCAAGGCACCCGGGGACAAUAGCCAGAGUGCAAUCCACCCCUCCCACUGUGCGGCAGGGUAUAGUGACGGCACAGUUCGCAUGUUUGAUCUAGGCAAGGUGGAGAUGUUUAUGAAGAUGCAGCCUCACGCCUGCGCAGUCACCGUCAUUGGAUUCUCCGUUGAUGGUCACGUGGUUAUCAGCGGCGGCUCCGACGGCGUGCUAGCCAUCAGCAGCCCAUCGACAGGGCUGACAGUGCGUCUCCUUAACGACCACAAAGGUGUACCAAUCACAGACCUCCACGUGUCAGCUGUCAAAGACGAGCAGUACAGGCUAACAUGCCCCCUUAUGUGGCUUGCCGCCAGUGCCGACAGUCGGGUCAGCGUCUGGAGUGCUGAUUGGUCCAAGGAUUUCUGCGAGCUUGUUGAUUGGUUGACGUUCCCUUCUCCGGCCAUAGCGCCUGAUGGGAAGGCUCUGCGUAAAUCAUAUCCGGGCGAGUACAGCAAGUUGCCGCCGAGUCUAGCGCGCUUCUCUCCGAGUGACCCGGACAUCAUCGUGUUCACAGGAUACAGUAUGCAGAGAGUCGUCCACUUCUACAGCCUCGCACAGCGCAAGGUUGUCCGGACUGCGGCCCUGACCCACUGGGCUUUGUCUUUGGACAUCUCUCCUAAAGGACAUCUUAUCGCCAUCGGCACACAAGAGCGUUUAAUCAAGCUGAUGGAUUACAAUGAAGGCAGCUUUCAGGACUUCACGGGCCACUCUGACGCCGUCAGCGAAGUUCGAUUCUCUCCCUCCGGCCACCUUUUGUACACGUGUAGUCAUGGUGAUGUCCUUAUAUGGAAUGUGGUGGUGUAAAUGUGUGCCCUAUCUGAUGGAGCGAAAUUGUUGUAACAUGAUGACGUCAUCAGAAGCAUUGCAUCCCGAUGAUCGAGUUGAUAGGGAUAAUGGAACCACUUGUAAGAAAACAACAACAACAAAAUCUGCAAACUAGAACACGCUUACGUCUGCAAAAUAACGUUUUCACUAACCAAAAUUCUGUUUUCUUUAGCGUGAAAAGGCAUUUAUACAAAUAUAAAAACGUGGUGCUCUCGCUUUUGUGAAUAGACAGUGAUCGCUCAAGAGUGCCGUUUAGAGAAUCGAUGGUAACUAGCUGUUUAGAUCGAUUUGGGCUCUAAAGCUCGAGCCGAUCAAACGCAGGUUUAAGAAAAUCAAGCAGUUCUGUUCUCUUGUACAUGUCUUCUAGUGGAAAUCAAGAUCUAUUACUUGGUUGUUAAUGGUGUGACCUCGUGAAAAUAAACCAUUUGUAUAGUUAUGUAUAGAUUCUUAAGAACACUCAAUAAAUGUCAUGUUGAGCUGGA